GUCUUGCUUCAAAAUCAUACCAGUAUAAGAAAUAGUAAAGAGUACCUAUAUGAGAGUUUAAAUAUAGAAGUAUUGAUUUGAACCCCAACUUGGAGUGGAUAUUGUUUGAUUCAGCACAAUUGUUGAUCCGCCUCGGAGUAGAGCUAAUCAAUUAAUAUUCAUCAACAGACGAGCGCUCGAAAUGUCAGCAAAUAUGGCAUCAGAUACCGAACUGAAUCUAGAGUAUGCUGCUUCUAUUAUAUUGCGAGUAUUUAAAAAAUAUGAUGAAGACGGUGGUGGAACUUUACAACGACGUGAACUUAGAAGCCUUCUUCGGCAGUGUGGAGCUACUUUGUCAAGUCGACAAUGUGACGAAAUUAUCGAUCAACUAGACACGGAUGGUGACGGUGAAAUGAACUUUGCAGAAUUCAUGAGCUUUCUUGGGAGACUUUAUCAACUUCAAUUUUUCGGCACCGAUCCUGGAAAUUUUUGGAAUCCCAGUCCGCAAGUUGUUCCUAAGAAUUCCAAAGGACCCGGUGCUAGAAAUCAUCAACAGCCAAACACACCUCCGGCGCAGUCGCUCCCUCCGAACCUUAUGUCAAGACCGCUCCCUGUUCCACCAAAAAAACCGACCUCCUAUCCAACCUCACCCGGUAGAUAUCACCGAUAAGCAUAUCAACUAUACUGUCUAGUCAUAAAAGUUUUUCACCGAAAACUUUUUAGCACGGAGAUAACUUUUAGACUUGAAUAAGAGCCGUUUCGGUGGACUUGACAAGUUUUUAGUAGAAGUAAAUUCUAUACUGAAAUAGCAUUGAACAAUACGUAACAUUUUUACCCAUUGAGUUACAACCAUAUACGAUAAAGUUGCAGAUUGACAUUAAAACUUCAAUUUGGAUUUUUCGUGUGAAAUUUGUUCUACUUAUAUAUAAAAACUUUACUUCAUAUUGCUCUGUACUGUACUUAUUCAUAAAAAAUAAGAGAAUUCUUCCAGUUGUACUGUUAUCUUUCAAUUUUAUUGUCACGAUAUAUUUCUUUCGAAUGAAAAUGUAAACAAAUAAUGAGUUGUGAAAAUAUAGUUUAACGUGGUUAUUAUUUAGGAAAAAAAGUUUGCAUAUAGCACCCGGUCACAAUUACUAACAUUAAUGAAGGGAUAUUUUUAAGUAAGCAAAAGAAUUAUUCGUAAAAAAAAGACUUCGAAUACAUAGACAUACAUCUAGCCAUUACGAGUCAAGUUUGCUAAAUUUACUAUUGCUAUCUGCCUAUAGCCUAAAAUAAAUGGCACAUUUUCAGUAA